AUGGCCGGUUUUGCGCCACCGUCCAGCGGCGAGCCAGUGCCGAGCGUGGAGGAGCUCACGGAGCAAAUGGUACGAGCGAUGGAGGCCAAGGAAGCCGAAGAUGCGGCGGCGGCGGCGGCGGCGGCGGGACAGCAGGUAGGCACCGAGGGCAGCAGCAGCGCGACGAAGCCGCUGCUGCCGCCGACGCACCGCCUGGCGUCGAACAUGACGGUGGACGAGGUGCUGGCGGACCUGAACAAGUCGCCGCUGUUCAUGACGGAGCUGGAGGAGAACGACGACAUCGCGGCGCUGCAGGCGCUCAACUACGAGGGCACGGCUCUGGAGAACGCGAGCGACUUCCGCACGCGGGGCAACGAGUCGUUCCGGGGCAGGCACUACCGCGACGCGCGGGAGUUCUACACCAAGGGCGUGCAGAUCCUGGCGGAGCAGGAGGCCAGGCGGGCGCGCGGGGAGGCGACGACGAGCCCGGAGGGCGUGGAAGACAGCGAGGAGGAGGUGGCGGAGCAGCGAAAGGUGCUGGAGGGCCUGUACGCCAACCGCGCGGCUUGCAGCCUCGAGCUGCUCAACUACCGGUCCUGCUGGCUGGACUGCGCGGCGGCGCUGCGGCUCAACCCGGCCAACGUCAAGGCCUACUACCGCAGCUCGCGGGCCCUGCUGGCCGUGGGCCGCAUCGAGGAGGCCGACGACGCCUGCGCGCGCGGGCUGGCCCUCGAUGCCGACAACAAGCCCCUGCGCGCCGUGGCGGACGAGAUCGUCAAGAGGGCCCGCGCGCGCGACGAGAAGCGCAGGAAGGACGCCGAGCGCGACGCCACGCAGCGCAGGCGCGCCACGCUCCUCAGGGCCGCCCUCAAGGCCAGGGGCAUCCCGUCGCGCAGGUCCGACAAGCCGCCCGACAUGGAGGACGCCGCCGUCGCCCUCGUGCCGGACCCGGACGAUCCCCGCAGCAGGCUCUCCUUCCCCACACUGCUGCUGUACCCCGUCCACUACGAGUCGGACUUCAUAAAGGCCUUUGAGGAGACGCAUACCCUCGACGACCACCUAGGCUACAUCCUGCCCCUGCCGUGGGAUGACAAGGGCGUCUACAGGCCCGACAAUGUCGAGGCCUACGUCGAGACCCGCGAUGGCGGCCUGCUCAAGAUGGGUAGGCGGGUGUCGUUGCUGAAGGUGCUCAGCACGGGUAAGGUUGAGGUCGUGGAUGACGUUGUGCGCAUAUUCGUCUUGCCAAAGGGUGAUGCCGCCCAGGGAUGGAUCAAGAAGUUUAAGGAGCAGAAGGCUGCUAUGAUAAAAAAGUAA